CUCCAAUAUGUCUUGUCCCGUCCGCUUAUAUCCUCUUCACAAACCAAAGAACCACACACUUCCAAUCCCAAGGUGGAACUUGAAACUUCCUGAAAGCGCUACUCACAUAUUUACAACAUACCUUGGGAUACAGAAUCGCUCAGAUGAUGGGACAGCAACGCAAGCGCAGACUCAACUUUCGUCUGCGAUCGACAUUUGGCUGAAAGAUGAAUCUGGCCCAGAUACAUCCGAACCGUUCACUUUGAUAGAUGGCGGUGAACAUGUCAACUCAACAACCACUACUCGAAUAUGGGUCUGCUACUGGCUUGAUGCUACAAAGCACCGCCUCGCUUCCGAUCAACUCUCCCUGCCAACCCUUUACUCCACACUGGAUCAAGAGAGCCGGGCUUCCAUUGGCAUCUGGCGAGAAACAUUCAAAACCGCAAUUCCCAGACUCGAAACCAACUACUCAGGUCUCGACUACUUGCCCGGACUAGCACGUCUACCCGGUGCACAGUUUCCAGAGCAUGACCGAUCCGCAUAUUGGGGUGCAGCCCGCGACCGCAUUCCCAAUUCCGCACACGAUCUCUUCCCCAGGGCAGCUGGCGUCCCCGCCCAUUUACCCAGCGAUGCAGCGCCUAGGGGGAUAGGACAGCAUCUACUAGGUACCAAUUUCCAGAAUAUCGUCCACAUUCGCUCAGGUCAAUUUUGGAAGAACUGCGGACAGCAGGAAGCCGAUGCGUAUGAGAAGAAACUCGAGCCUACGCUUCACGAGGGCCUCCGGUAUCUCUGGGAACAUCCUGAGGAGACGGAAGCUUUAAGUGUUCGCUACCUUAGGAACGAAGCAGAAGAAGACGAGUUGCAGAGUGGACGACUUCGCAAAGAAACGUGUGGGGCGGCGUUCUUCAGUAGUCUGGAUAUGCUGGAACGGUGGGCGAAGACUCAUCGAUCGCAUUUGGCGAUAUAUCGUGGAGCACUGGCACACUACAAACAGUUUGGGGAUUAUAGGCGUUUGAGAACUUGGCACGAGGUUUCUGUUCUGGAGGAGGGAGAUGCAGUCUUUGAGUAUAUUAACUGUCUGCCCGAAACGGGAGUGAUCAAGUCUAUUGAGCUAGAGGUGAAGAGUCGUUGGACAGGGGAAUGAAAUGCGAGCAUUGAAUCAAUUAUGUCACUGAUAUAACUUGAUGAAAAUGCACAUGUACACCCAUGCU